AUGGCGUCCACGCUGCUCGAGCGCACGCGCGAGUCCCACGAGGAGAUCGAGCGGUUGGAGCGCGCGAUAUGCGCCGACUUCAGGAACGAGGCGGUGACGCACAAGGAGCGCCUGGCGCAGAAUCACAGGGUCCGAUCGAUGCUCGACGACAUGGCGAACAAGUCCAAGCGGCUGCGGGCCGUGUACGAGGACGCCGACGGCGUGCGCAAGGAGGAGAUCGAAGCCCUCGGCGGCGGCUCCAACGUCUUCUCCGCCUUCUACGAUCGCCUCAAGGAGACGCGCGAUUACCACAAGCAAUUCGCGGGCUACCACGCCCCGCUCUCCGAUGAGUUUCUGCGACAGUACCGCGACGGUAAACCGCCGGAGUUUAGCGGCGAAGAGGCGAGCGGGCGGUACCUGGACCUGCACGCGCACCAUCGCGCGUUCCAGAACGCUUCGUUCGGGUCCAAAGACUGCGAGUACAUCGCGUACCUCUCCGUCGUCGGCGAUUUCGACCCCAUCCCGCGAGAAAAGAAAUUCACGAAAGCGUACGAGGAGUACCUCUCCGGUCUCGUCGGGUACUUACGGGGCUUCCACGCGCGGGUCAAGCCCCUCGUCUUCCUGGACACCGUGACGCGCAAGGCGGAGGAGGAGUUCGAGACGCGAUGGGCGUCCGGGUCGAUACCGGGGUGGGAAGACAAGGGUUUGGUCGCGGUGAAGUCCAACGUCGUCGACCUCGAAGCUUUCGACUCGGCGGUUGAGAUGGAGACGGCGGUGGGGAUGGAUAAGAUCAAGGAGGCGCUCGCGUCCAUGGGUCUGAAGCAGGGCGGAACCCCGACACAGAGGCGCGACCGGCUGUGGAGCACGCGGGGCAAGUCCGUAGGGGAGAUUGACAAGAAGCUCUUCGCCAAGGGCGCGGUGACGGGCGCCGACGACGCGGACGCGAAGAAGAAGGAGGAACGCGCCAAGGGCGUCGCCAGGGCGGAAAGUCUGGCGCAAACGCUUCUGGAGCAUUUACGGCAGCAGCUGGAGGCGACGAAAGGAAACGUCGAGAAGAAGGCGACGCUGUCCUUGGCGGAGCUGGAGGCGGAGGCUGAGGAGGACGACGACUGGGUGGAGGAGGAAGCGGAGGACGAGGAGGAGGAGAUUUACAACCCACUCAAGCUGCCGAUGGGUUGGGACGGGAAACCGAUCCCGUACUGGCUGUACAAGCUGCACGGCCUGAACCUCGAGUUCACGUGCGAGAUCUGCGGCAACUACUCCUACUGGGGACGACGGGCGUACGAGCGCCACUUCAAGGAGUUCAGGCAUCAGCACGGGAUGCGGUGCCUGAACAUACCCAACACGAAGGCUUUCGCCGAGGUGACGACGAUUGCGGAUGCGCUCGCGCUGCAAAAGGCGCUGGACGCGCGCAAGGUUGGCCAGUGGAAGCGCGAGACGGACGAGGAGUGCGAGGAUGCCGACGGCAACGUGUACAACAAGAAGACGUACGAAGAUCUUCGCCGACAGGGGCUCAUCUGA